AGAGUAGAGCAAAACUGACUCUCAGGAACAACACCUCCUGCUUCUGCUCUCGCACCUGGCUCUUCUGCACUCCCAGCACAAAUGGCAAGGAUGAAUUCCUCUGUGGCUGUCCUAGCACUUUUCCUGGUCGCCGGUUUCUUACUGCAAUCUCAGGCUCAGCCUGGACAACACUCUGGCUGCUGCUUUAGCCACCAAAAUAAGCCUGUUCCACUGAGGAAUUUGGAAUAUUAUGAAAUCCCCAGCCGGUGCAGCUUCCCAGCUGUUGUGUUUUACACUAAACGCGGCAUCAGGAUUUGUGCUGAUCCCAAAGCAGCAUGGACCAAGGAUCGCAUGAACAAGCUCCCAGAAAAUGGACAACAGAAUACCCCCUGAAACACUCUUCAAGGGAGCAGGGGAAGGCCACAUUAGACAUCUAGUCCAAUAACUGCACUUUCAUGUUUCAAAAAUGUUUACUUGUAAAGUUCAAUUAAUAUUUAAAUUAUAGCUGUUUUUUAAAAUAUGUAUUUUUUUAUAAAAGGUGGAAAGUUUUUAUGAUGUGGUGCCACAAAGGCUUGACUUGUGAAUAAACCUCAGGGAAAAUUCA